AUGAAUGUAUCGCAAUACAAACACUUUCGAAUUAGAGAUAGUAAUGAUUAUGCUAUGGACAUAGAAGAAUUUAUAAAAUCUAUAGAAAUGCAAUUCAAAAUUGAUUUUACUUCGUUGUCACAGUGGAGGAAACUUAUUGAAUUGAUGAAUAUUGUUCAGACGGAGUUUAAAACUAAAAUUAGAUAUUCUGCUAAUCGUAAACAUGAAAUCAUACGAAACAUUUAUAUACAAAACUCAAGACCCUCUCCAUUUGAAUUAACAGAUAAAUUUGCAAGAACUUCUAAAGUGUGGCAAGAUAUGAAACUAAGGCUCGAAAAACGUCAAGUUUCUAAAGUAAAAGACGAACCUUUCGUUAUACAUUGUGAUGAAAUGAAUGAAACGUCAGAAUUAAUUGAUGAAAUAAGUGCGAAUGAAUCUCUUGCACAUCCUAAUACAGAAGAAGGACAAUCAAAAUAUCUUUUAGAAGAAAGAACGGAUACUGAACUAGAGCCUAAAUCUUCUAAUUCUUUUCACCCAAUAGCUAUAUGCACAAAUCAGCAUAAAAUCAUUUCUUCAAUCACUUCAAAUUACACACCCUUGGAAAAUCGAGACAUUGGGCUCAGUAAAACCCAGCUACCAGUCCAGCUACAGAGUGCUAUGAAAAAUUCAUUACUUCCAAUUUACACAAACCUAGUCAGAUCUUAUCCGGAUAAAAUAAUUAUAACGAAUAACACUCUAAAGAAACAGUCUGUGAAAUUAUUUUUGACAAAUUGUUGCACUGAAAAGUUGUAUUUAAGAAUACUAAAAAUUUCAGAUUGUUCACAUUUUAAUAACAUUGAGGUACUUCCUUGUACCCCAUCGGUACUUUUUCCAGGAUUAACAGCCGUUUUAAAGAUUAAAUAUACACUUAAAAACAAGAAUAAUGAUAAUUUCGUUUCAUCGCUACAUUUUAAAAUUGCUCGUAAUUUGCUCUAUGAAUCGUCUGAAGAAGGUAUUUGCAUACCAAUUGUAAGUAGUUUUAUACAAUCGAGGACCAUAGCAGUAACCGAAAAAGUUUUUAUUCAUCCAAAUUAUAGUUGGCACGUAACACCAAAACUUGGAUACCCAAAAGCAAUUGUUCAUAUAAUAAACAAAGAUGAUGCUGGAUAUUAUUUACAUAUAAGGAAAAGAAAUGUAGACUUUACGAAAGAAUUUGGCGAAAGUAUCAAAUCAGAUGAAGUAAUAACUCCGGACUCUGAGAGUUUAGAACAAAGGCUAGAAGACACAGAGCUGGAACUCCAAAAUACAAUUUUAUUUUCAACAAAUGCUAAACAAAUGAAAAGUAUUAAUUUUGACAAAUUAAACAAUGAUUAUGAUUCAGUAAAUACUGUUGAUAUAGUUGAAUUAGUUUUAAAAGAUUUGAUAGAUGUUGCUCUUGAACCUUUUAUUUUUAAGCAAACAUUUGUUCGCAUUCUACCUCGCUCUAGGAAAUUCGUUUUCGUAUAUUUUACAAAAGUGCAUCAUAUAGGAUUUCAUCAAAGUUACUAUGAUUUCAUAUUUACUGACUCUAAAGACGGUGAUAUAACUAUAACUAAAACAGUUAAAGUUUUUUCUGAAGUGCUGCCUCAUCCUAUUGCCCUACAGCCGAAAAUACUUGAUAUGAGUAAAUCACCAGUCAAAUUUGGUUAUUGGGAAGAUUACUUCACUAUUACAAAUUCACACAACAUUUUUCCGGUGACAAUUAAAAUAACAACAGCCAUGAAAAUGAAAAAGUUAUUUAACAUAAUUCCAAUGGAAACUUUAAUUCCCAAACAAUCAAGCGCAAACUUUUGUGUUAAGAUACGUUCUAAAACAAGUAAAAAAACCAUAGGACUUGAUGAUUUAGCAUAUUUCACGAUAAAAAUUAUAAUUAUUGGACACAAAUCCGUCUAUAAAGACGUUCCUCCAUUUUUCUAUGAAAUUAUCGCACCAUGCGGGGAAGAGUUCAAACGAGUUUACGGAGCAAAAUAUUUCAGUGAUUCAAGUCAAAUAAAUGUCAGUGAUGAAAUCGAAUCUUGCGAAAAUGUUAAUGUUUUAAUUUAA